AUGGCUCAAGAAAUUGCAGCCCUUGAAGAAAAUCAUACUUGGUUUGUCACUAAUUUGCCUCUUGGUAAGCACCCUAUUGGCUGCAAAUGGGUGUACAAAAUUAAAUACAAAGCUGAUGGUAGCAUAGAGAGAUACAAAGCCCGUUUAGUUGCUAAAGGAUACACUGAAGGGCUAGAUUAUCAUGAAACCUUUUCCCCCGUGGCUAAAAUGACCACUGUUCGGACAUUAUUGGCAAUUGCAGCUGCUAAACGUUGGUUUUUACAUCAAUUAGAUGUAAACAAUGCGUUUUUACACGGUGAUUUAGAUGAAGAGGUAUAUAUGGAACUACCUCUUGGGUUUAAGACUAAGGGGGAGUCUAAGGUUUGCAAGUUAACUAAGUCUUUAUAUGGUUUGAAGCAGGCCUCAAGACAAUGGUUUUCUAAGUUUUCCACCUACUUGAUUGAUCUUGGUUUUAGUCAAUCAAAGGCUGAUUAUUCUUUGUUUACUCGACAUCAAGGAACUUCUUUUAUUGCAUUGUUGGUAUAUGUUGAUGACAUUGCAAUUGCUAGUAAUGAUUCGGUUGCUGUGAAUUCUCUUAUUGGGAUUCUUAAUGACAGAUUUCGCCUUAAGGAUCUUGGUGAGUUGAAAUUUUUUUUGGGGCUUGAAAUUGCUCGUUCUACAAAAGGGAUCUCCAUUUCUCAACGAAAGUAUUCUUUAGAGAUUAUACAGGAUGCUGGUUUGCUGGCUUCUAAACCAGUUCUCUUCCCCAUGGUCCAAAAUCUGAAACUCUCUCGGGAUGUUGGCACAGUUUUAUCUGAUCCUACACCCUACAGGCGACUUAUUGGUCGACUUUUAUACUUAACAAUUACUCGGCCUGACUUGGCAUACUAUGUUCAAACACUUAGCCAAUUCAUGGACUCUCCUAGGCAGCCCCAUCUUGAUGCUACUUACCGAGUCUUAAGAUAUCUCAAGUCAGCUCCUGGUCAAGGCUUAUUUUUUUCUGCAGAAUCUGAUUUUCGUCUCAAAGCCUUUUGUGAUGCAGAUUGGGCAGGUUGUUCCGACACUAGGCGUUCCAUUACUGGUUUUUAUGUCUUUCUUGGGUCUUCCUUAAUUUCUUGGAAGUCUAAGAAACAGCACACUAUAUCCAGAUCUUCUGCAGAAUCUGAAUACAGAUCAAUGGCAUCAACUGGAUGUGAAUUGCUUUGGUUAUUCACACUUCUUCAUGACCUUACUGUUGCUCAUCCUCAAGCUGCUACCUUAUUUUGUGAUAUUCAGGCUGCCUUACUUAUUGCAGCCAACCCCGUCUUUCAUGAACGAACGAAACAUAUUGAUGUCGACUGUCACUUUAUCCGUGAGAAGAUCCAACUUGGUCUUAUCAAGACUUUACAUGUUCCUUCUCAGCACGAGCUUGCAGACAUUUUCACCAAAGCUCUUGGCUGUGCUCUUUUCCAUAAACUCUUAUCCAAGAUCCUUCCACCAAAUGUUGGCACCGCUCUUCCUAACCUUGAAAUAUUUGCUGGCGGUGCUAAUAGUUUCACAGGACCUAUUUCCCUGUCAUUGUCAAAUGCUUCUAGACUUCGGCUGCUUGACUUUCCUGAAAAUUGUCUCACUGGGACGGUGCCUCGAAAUCUAGCAAGUUUGCGUGGCUUGGUUAGACUUGGCAAUAGACUUGGAAAUGGGAAAGUUGAUGAUGACCUGAAUUUUCUCGGUUUUUUGGCUAACUGUACUAGUUUGAAGGUGUUGGGCCUUGGUAGGAAUCAAUUUGGUGGAGUACUGCCCAGCUCCAUAGCCAACCUUUCCUCCCAACUGAGUUGGCUUUCUAUGGGCUUGAAUAUGAUACAUGGAGGCAACCCCAUUGGCAUUGGGAACUUUGUUAACUUGACUGUUCUGGCAUUACAACGUAACUAUUUAAGUGGCCCUCUCCCGGAUGCUCUUGGGAAGCUCCAUCAGUUACAGGAGCUAUAUUUGAACAAUAACAAAUUUUCAGGGCCGAUACCUUUCUCCUUAGAUGAGUCUGAUCGCCUGGCAUUGCUCGCCUUCAAGAAUCGGAUUACUGAAGACCCGCUUCAAAUCAUGAGCUUAUGGAAUGAGUCCACCCAUUUCUGCAACUGGUUUGGUGUUUCAUGCAGCCCCUCCAAUAAAAGAGUCGUGGUUCUGAACCUGGAAACUCAAAGAUUGGCUGGCUAUAUAACACCUUCGAUAGGAAAUCUUACUUACCUUACUAGAAUCAACUUGGGAAAUAACAGCAUCUAUGGGGAAAUUCCUCAAGAAGUGGGAAGACUACAGCGUCUGCAUCAUCUCAUCUUGAAUUUCAAUUCCAUUGGUGGGAAACUUCCAACUAAUCUAAGCCACUGUACACAACUUAGAUUAGUUUACCUGAAUCUUGGUCGAAAUAACCUUACAGGAACUAUCCCAUCGUGGAUAGGAAACUUUUCUUCUUUGUAUCGUCUAUUCCUUUUCAGGAACAAUCUAGAAGGGAGCAUACCUAGCGAGCUUGGCCGUCUAUCAAGCUUGGGAGCUUUUGUACUUUCUGCAAAUAAUUUGUCUGGUACUAUCCCUCCUCCGAUUUAUAAUAUAUCUUCCAUAUACUAUUUUGCUGUUGCUGCGAAUAACUUGUAUGGAAGCCUUCCACCAGAUGUUGGCCUUACUCUUCCUAACCUUGAAAUAUUUUUCGGCGGUCUAAAUAGCUUCACAGGACCUAUUCCCGAGUCAUUGCCAAAUGCUUCUAGACUUAGCCAGCUUGACUUCGCUGAAAAUAAUGGUCUCACUGGAACAGUGCCUCAAAAUCUAGCAAGUUUGCGUGCCUUGGUUUCACUUAAUUUUGAAGGAAAUAGACUUGGAAAUGGGAAAGUUGGUGACCUGAAUUUUAUCGGAUUUUUGUCUAACUGUACAAGUUUGGAGAACUUGGGCCUUGGUGGGAAUCAAUUUGGAGGUGUAUUGCCCAGCUCCAUUGCCAAUCUUUCCUCCCAGCUGAAUCGUCUUACUAUGGGUAGAAAUAUGAUACAUGGCGGCAUCCCCAAUCGGAUUGGAAACCUUGUUAACUUGAUCGUUCUGGGAUUAGAAGAUAAUUACUUGGGAGGUCCUCUCCCGGAUGCUCUUGGGAAGCUCCAGCAAUUACAGAUACUAAAUUUAGGAUGGAACAAAUUUUCCGGGCUAAUCCCUUUCUCCAUAGGAAACUUAACUAAAUUGAUAAAGCUCUGUAUGGAGGAGAACAAAUUUGAGGGAAGUAUACCCGCAAGCCUAGGAAACUGCCAAAAUUUGCUUUUACUAAACCUUUCUACUAACAAUCUCAAUGGUACCAUACCAAAAGAGGUUAUUGGUCUUUCUUCCCUUUCGAUUUAUUUGGUAAUGUCUCAUAAUUCUUUGACAGGUACACUGCCAUUUGAAGUGGGUCACUUAAAAAAUCUUGGUGUGUUAGAUUUGUCCAAGAAUAGAUUAUAUGGUGAAAUCCCUGCUUCCCUUGGUAGUUGUACUAGUUUGGUGAAUUUGCAUUUGGAGGAUAAUUCAUUUGAAGGAGCAAUUCCUCCAUAUUUGGAAACACUAAGAGGUUUAGAAGAAAUUGAUCUUUCCCGCAAUAACUUGUCAGGGCAGAUUCCUGAAUUUCUCAGCAAGUUUUUGUCACUUAAGCUUCUUAAUCUUUCUCAUAAUGAUCUCGAGGGGAAAGUGCCAAGUGAAGGGAUUUUUUUGAAUGUAAGUGCAAUUUCAAUCUUUGGAAAUGACAAGCUAUGUGGUGGCGUCCCAGAAUUACUUUUACCAAAAUGUUAUAAAAAGAGUCCACGUUCAUCCAUGAAACGCCUUGCACUUAAAGUUGUAAUUCCUGUCAUGUUGGUACUUGUUCUAUUGUGUUUUUUCCUCACAUUUUAUAUGGUUAAAAGAUGGAGAAAGAGACCUUUGGUCAUAUCUUCCUCAAAGGAUUGGCAAUUGGCAUGUAUAUCUUAUGCAGAACUCCAAGCCUCAACUAAUGAUUUCGCUGUGGACAAUUUGAUCGGUUCAGGUAGUUUUGGUUCUGUAUACAAAGGAGUUCUUUCUAGCAAUGGAGCAAUUGUUGCAGUUAAAGUGUUAAACCUUCAACAACGAGGAGCUUCCAAGAGUUUCAUUGAUGAAUGCAAUGCUUUGAAAAGUUUACGCCAUCGUAAUCUUCUUAAAAUUAUCACUGCUUGCUCAAGCAUUGAUCAUCAAGGGAACGACUUUAAAAGUCUAGUUUUUGAGUUCAUGUCUAAUGGAAGCCUAGACCAGUGGCUGCAUCCUUUAAAGGAUGGGCAACAUCAAUGUAAGAGAUUGAGCUUUAUUCAGAGAAUAAACAUAGCCAUUGAUGUUGCUCAUGCAUUGGAAUAUCUUCAUCUUCAUUGUGAAACGCCAAUUGUUCACUGUGAUAUAAAGCCAAGUAAUGUCCUCCUCAAUGAAGAUAUGGUAGCACAUGUCGGUGACUUUGGAUUAGCAAAGUUCAUCUUUGAAGCAUCACUUAAUCCCUCUAAGAAAGAAACCUUGUCAGAGUCCUUAUCAAUUGCGCUGAAAGGUUCCGUUGGGUACAUUCCUCCAGAGUAUGGGAUGGGUGGCCAAGUUUCUGUACUUGGAGAUAUUUACAGCUAUGGGAUACUCUUGCUGGAGAUGUUCACUGGGAAAAGACCUACCGAUGACAUGUUCAAAGAUGCCCUGAGCAUUCACAAGUUCAUUGCAAUGGCUUUGCCGGAACGUGUCAUGGAUAUAGUGGACUCGUCAAUGCCCUUUGAAGAAGGUGAAGAAGAUGUUGAUGAUGAGACAAAUAACGAUGACAUAGAAGUUGAUGAUCAUUUCGUUGCCGGAAGCAGAGUUAAGGAUUGCUUGGUCUCAGUGCUGCAGAUUGGACUGUUGUGCUCUGCAACAUCUCCUCAUGAGCGGUUGCCCACAAAUGAUGUCGUCAACAAACUUGGGGCAAUUAGAGACGCAUGCAUUUCAACGCCGUCUAGCGUCAUCACCAACCGAGGUCAAGCUCAAGUUUAAGAAGUCCUUCACGUCUGGAGUAAUAGAUAUGU